ACCCGCUUGAGACAACACGUGACGAGUCAACAUGUAUUUUUUAUGUUGGAGGUUCGGUUACAGGAAGGGAGAGAACUGGUGGUCAGAGACAGCUGUGGAACAAGCGACCCAUAUGUUAAAUUUAAAUAUAACGGGAAACAAGUUUACAAGAGUCGAACUGUUUAUAAAAAUCUGAACCCUCGCUGGGAAGAUUCCUUCACAGUUGCCAUAGACGACAUUUCAAAACCUCUACAGAUGAAAGUUUUCGAUUAUGAUCGAGGUUUACAUGACGACCCCAUGGGUGGAGCGGAAAUUGAUUUAACAACUCUGGAAUUGAACAAAGCUAAAGAAGUAAAGUGUUUACUAUCAGAACAGCGUGGUAAAACAGAGUAUAUGGGAUAUUUGAUAUUAAACUGUAAAAUUGUGCCUAAAAGUCAAGAAGAAAAAGAUCAGUUUUUCCGUAAAAGUAUGAAGUCUUCAGAUUCUAGUAAGAAAUUAAAAUCACAGAUCUGGAGUAGUGUAGUCACGAUCGUACUGGUUAGUGGGAAAAAUCUCGUCCCCAUGGAUGAUAACGGAUACAGUGACCCCUACGUUAAAUUUCGACUUGGUAAUGAAAAAUAUAAAAGCAAGUUUAAAAGUAAAACAUUAAGUCCGAUGUGGAAAGAACAGUUUGAUCUACGAAUGUUUGACGACCAGACGAGUCAACUAGAAAUUACUGUCUAUGAUCACGAUGUCACUGGUAAAGAUGAUUUUAUGGGCAGAGCCAUGAUAGAUCUAGGGUCGUUAGAUCGUGAAAAAACUCACACCCUAGAAACACCGUUAGAAGAUGGGGCGGGGAUUAUUAAAUUAUUAUUAACGAUAUCAGGCACCUCUGGUAAUGAGACCAUCACUGAUCUGUCCAACUAUACUCCUAAUCCCAAAGAACGGGAAGAAUUAAUCAAACAUUAUGGUUUAAUGAAUUCUGUGAGUGAUAUGAAGGAUGUAGGCUGGUUACAAGUGAAGGUAUUUAAAGCUCAAGGUUUGAAGGCAGCUGAUUUUGGAGGUUUAAGUGAUCCGUUCUGUGUUUUAGAAGUAGUAAAUAGUCGAUUACAGACACAGACUGAAUAUAAAACAUUGAACCCGGACUGGAAUAAAGUCUUUACAUUCAAUAUUAAAGACAUCCAUUCAAUAUUAGAUAUAACUAUCUAUGAUGAAGAUCGAGAUAAAAAGGUGGAAUUCCUGGGUAAAAUCUCCAUUCCAUUACUAAAGAUUAAAGUAGGUGAAAGAAGAUGGUACACUUUAAAAGAUAAAAAAUUAAUUCAUCGUACAAAAGGUGCCAUUUUACUAGAGAUGGACUUUGUCUUUAAUCAUGUCAAGGCAGCUAUUAGAACUGUGAAUCCAAAGGAAGAGAAAUAUAUUCAAGUUGAUCAAAAGUUUAAAAUAUCGAUAUUGAAGCGAAAUAUAGAUCGAGUGAGUCAGAUAGCCCAGGGUAUGGUGGAAGGAGGUGUGUUUUUAAAUAGUUGCUUUGAAUGGGAGUCCAAACCUCGCAGUAUUAUUGCCUUUAUUGUAUUUUUAGUAGUAGUAUGGAUAUUUGAACCGUAUAUGAUACCAAUCUCUCUAUUAAUAGUCUUUCUUAAAAAUCUUAUCAUUGCUCAGAUACUUGGUGCUUUCAAAAAGGAACCAGUCGAAGAUGAUUAUGAUGAUGAGGAAGAUGAAGAUGAUGAUGAUGAUAAAGAUAAGGAAGAGAAGAAGAGUUUUAAAGAGAAGCUCCAGGCGAUACAAGAAGUUUGUCUUCAAGUACAGAACGGAAUGGAUAUGGUGGCUUCAAUGGGAGAACGUGUUAAAAACACGUUUAACUGGACAGUGCCGUGGUUGUCAGCGUUAGCUAGUAUAGCGUUAACACUAGGUGUUAUAGUGUUAUAUUAUAUUCCUAUUAGACUGCUCAUCAUGGCUUGGGGAAUCAACAAAUUCACGAAGAAAUUACGAAAACCUGAUGCCAUACCAAAUAAUGAAUUGUUAGAUUUCUUAUCUCGCGUGCCGUCUGAUAGUGAAUUAGUGAGUUCUUCAUUUAAUAUUUUUUGUUAUCAAAAUUAA